GCAGCCCGUUGAUUAUGGAGGAAUGCCUGGGCUCGUGAUGAGAUGCUGCAGAACAACGAUGUCGUCAUCUAGGAUGAGAGCGCUGGCUGCUUAAUGGAGUCGACAGCCGCUUAACCGAAGCAUGUCCUGAUUGGGGUUCAAUCCGCUGCACUGGGCCAGAUCCAGCACUGAGGUGCAGGUCGUUGACCUAAAAUCUCAAUACGAGCUGUAUCUCCAUGCCAAUGGUGCGCAGCUUGCCCUCCAAGGUAUAUCUGGCAUGCCUUGCCCUCCAGCCAACAUGCAGAACAACCCGUCGAUCGGUUCUUUUCGACCCUGUUGUUCAGCCGCGCGAAAAAAAGACCACGCAAGUCGCCAGUCGGGGGUACAUCUCGUGAGCACUCCUUUUCAGAAUGUGACUGGAUCCCUCAAAGCUCGACCCAAUAUUGGCGAACAUAUCAAAGAUGCGCUGGAUUGCCAACUUCAAUGACUUGCAGCUUGAUAUUGUCGGUAUUAUUGCGGUGCUAGGGGAAGGAUCCAUAACUCGAAAUGCUCAAGUGACAAGCCUUUCCUGGUGGUCCACGAUACCUAGGCUUAUGCCAGCUCCACACGCGUUGUUUGAACAUGAACGCAAAUACCGACUGCCUACAGCUCCUGGAACCGUCGCUGGAGCGUACAAUGGCAUGGUGAAAAAGGAGAUCGAUUUCUUCGCCCAGUUGCUUCAUCCGGAGCCUCUGGAAGAUUACCAGGUUGAGCUUGUCCAGGUUACACAAAAAGAUGUGCCUCCAGGAACAAAGUCACUUCGCCCAUUUGGUCCCAAGAUGUAUGGUCCCUUGUUUUGGAUCUCAAUUACCGGAAGUGUCAUGGCUUUGGCUUUGAUCGCGCUCUCUAUUUAUUAUUACGAUGGCUUCUCUUUGCUGGCUACUAUAAUGCUAUCGAUGGUGAGUUCCUUCGUGGGAUUUGGUACGCGCUGGAACCCGGCAUUCCAACAACCGAAACUAGAAAUGGGACGGGAGGACGUUAUACCUCGCUCAGAUGUAAUUAUUUACUAUCCUAACGGAUCAAUUCGGGUAGUUCGACCAACCUCCGAACAUAUUGCUCGCCUUUAUUUUCAGAUGGAAUAUGCACAAUAUGACAUGAGCGAUACCUUUUAUCGUACCCUGGCCCUUUUUUCGACCGUCAUGCUUAUGACAGGAGUGGUAUCUCUGGCGAACGCAUCCAAUAUUCUUCAAGUGGCCUUCGCAGCUUCAUAUAUCUUGUUGAACAUCCUCUACUGGGCGGUGUCUGCCCUGAACCCUUUCAAAUACCACUGGCAACAUGCAUACGAAACCGAAACUCUUCCGAUACAAUAUCCGCCAAAUCGGGAUCCCGAUGGACCUGUCGCCGUUGGGCCGGUCGAGGAAUUCGUCGAGAAAUUCAAACACAGAGCCGGACACGAAUGGCGUCGAUUCCAAGAGGCCUGGACAAAAGAGAAAAGACGCGCCCGAGCCGAGACAGUUAUCGAAGCAGGAAACCUCGUCAGCGCACUGUGGUUUGCCAUUGUUCUGACUGGAACGGCUCAGUGGUUGAAUGAGGCCACCACGAUAGCACCGAUGAACGCUGCCUGGAAGGAGUGGCUGCGUGAAGCUGGCCACGAAGUCCGACCCAGGCUCGAGUACGGUGAUGGUCCGGGGAGGCAUUCCGAAGAAUGGGACGAUCGGUUCCGAAUCCAUCGCCGGCCACGCAUCCCGACGGGCCCAGACUGGCAUGUCACGCUGGCCACCAAGGAAAACGCGGGACCUUCUUCUAGAACACGCCGAAUUAAGAUCCUGUCCUGGGACUACCAGGGACGACUCACAGAAAUCCUGCGCAGGCACGCGCAUGACACGAGGCUGCCGCUCGACGACGAGAUCGUGGAGCUCAAUGCUUCUUUGGCGGCGACUUCGCAGAACGAGCACUUGAUCCCUGCCAUAACCGAGGAAGUGUGAGGUAUAUCGUGCACAGUGUCGACAGCUUGUUGGUUCGCCAUGAAAGGAAGUCUGAGGAUGAGUGGUUGGACGAGUGAGAACGGGAUGAAUGAACGAAAAUGUGUUGUGUUGCAUGGCACCCUCAACGAAUGAGAUUGGACCACCUGCUAUUCAAGGCGGACGGGCGAUUGCCUUAGGUUGCAAGCCGGCUUCUCUUUGGGGUGCAGAGCCUCAGCCGUCUCGUGUAUCGAUCACCCUGGUGUUCCACGGUGACUCCUUCGUCGGUGUGAAUGCUUCUGCGCAUUCUUGGAGCCUGAAGUCAACCACAUUAAUGAUCAGAUAGCUCGCCGGGUUGCAGUGGAACAAGAUUAUGAUGAUAACCCCCAAA